CACCACGAGGCCUUUCUCCUGCUGCCACAGCAGCAUCUCCACAGGGUUUGCCAUCUGCUGCUCUGGCUGUGGCCUCUGCUGGGUGGCUGCUCCGUGUCCCAGGGACACUUCCUGGUGGCUCCAUGGACCCCUGGCACCUCUGAGCCUUUCCCAGCCAAUUCCUCCUUCCCGCAGUGAGCAGGAGGGGAGGAAAGUCUCUGCCUGUGCAGACGAGGGUGCCAGGGUGAGAUGGGGCAGCCCUGGCUGUCUUUGCUUCAGAAUGGGAGGCUCUUUGGCAGCCCAGAAGCUGGUAUUAGCCUUUUCCCUGUAUAAAACAGACAGGACCUGAUGUGGAAAUUGGAAUAUUUACUCUUAGAGGGGAAGAGGAAAAGGAGCAUCCAGAGACCUGAGGGUGCCCUGUGUGUCUCCCCGCAGGUGAUGCACUGACUUGGCCGAUGCUGCCCUGACUGAUGUAGGACCCAAGUGGCUUGGGCCGAGGAUGAGCAAGCCCACAGACCUGCAGCACAACCUGGAACGAAGCCUCCCAGCCAUAGCCUCCAUCAGCACCUCGUUUUCCCAGAGCCAGGGCUUCUCUCCAUACUGCUACUUCUCUCCGGAGAAGAGGAAAGCCAUCUCGGAUGUGAGGAGGACCUUCUGCCUCUUCGUCACCUUCGACCUGCUCUUCAUUUCUUUGUUGUGGAUAAUCGAGUUGAAUACCAAGGAUGGCAUUCAGAAGAACCUGGAGAGCGAAAUCAUCAAGUACAGUUUUAAGACCUCUUUCUUUGAUAUCUUUGUCUUGGCUUUCUUUCGUUUCUUUGUGUUGCUGCUGGCCUACGCCAUCGUAAAGCUGCGCCACUGGUGGGUCAUAGCGGUCACUACGUUGGUAUCCAGUGCCUUCUUGAUUGUGAAGGUCAUCCUCUCCGAGCUUCUGGCCAAAGGGGCUUUUGGCUAUUUGCUUCCUAUCGUCUCGUUUGUCAUUGCUUGGCUGGAGACUUGGUUCCUGGAUUUUAAAGUCCUAACUCAGGAAGCAGAAGAGGAACGAUGGUACCUGGCAGCCCAGGCUGCAGCCUCUCGUGGGCCCCUGCUCUACCCCGGAGCCCUUUCCGAGGGGCAGUUCUACUCCCCACCAGAGUCCUUUGCAGGGUCGGACAAUGAGUCGGAUGAGGAAGGUGCAGGGAGGAAGGUGCUGACAGCUCAGGAGAAAGAGUACGUCCGACAAGGCAAAGAUGCGAUGGAGGUUGUGGACCAAAUCCUCGCCCAGGAGGAGAACUGGAAGUUCGAGAAGAACAAUGACUUCGGUGACGUCGUUUACACUUUUGAAAUCCCUUUCCAUGGCAAGACCUUUAUUUUAAAGGCUUUCCUGCAGUGCUCUGCUGAAAUGGUUUACCAGGAGGUGAUUCUCCAGCCUGAGAAGAUGAUCCUGUGGAACAGAACAGUGGCAGCAUGCCAGAUCUUGCAGCGGGUUGAAGACAACACGAUCGUCUCGUACGACGUGGCAGCUGGGGCUGCAGGCGGUGUUGUUUCCCCAAGGGAUUUCGUGAACGUGCGGCGGAUCGAGAGGAGAAGAGACAGGUACAUUUCCUCAGGGAUCUCGACCACGCACAGCCUGAAGCCUCCGCUCUCCAAGUAUGUCAGGGGUGAGAACGGACCCGGAGGAUUCAUCGUGCUCAAAUGUCCCAGCAACCCCAGGGUCUGCACCUUCAUCUGGAUUCUCAACACGGACCUGAAGGGCCGCCUGCCCCGCUACCUGAUCCACCAGACCCUGGCUGCCACCAUGUUCGAGUUCGCCUUCCACCUGCGGCAGCGCGUCGGCGAGCUCUGCGCCAGCGGCAGGCCCUGAGCGCCUCGGACAUUCCUGUGGGAAUGGGAGCCCCGGCUUGGGAUGAGCCUGGGCAGUGCUCGGCGCCUCCUUCCAACACUCUCCCUCCUUCCUGGGUGCCCUAAACCCGGCCUGGUGCGUGCCAAACCCCUGCCCGCACGGGGCCCCCCUCACGCAGGGUGACCCCAGGCUCCCACAGGAGGACACAUGAGGGUGAGGACCCCUCUCAUGGGGGUGAAGCCCCAGCUCUGCCCCACGGCAGCACCCCGGAGGGGACAAGGGGGUGCUCUGGGCUGUUCCCCGGUGCUUUGGGCUGCACAAGCUGCCUCUUGCGGGGGGGGGGGAAGGCAGAGCCUUGAGCAGAGGCUUUGCUCCCUGGGGGGUGCGGGGGGGCUGGUGCGGGGGUGACUGCGGCUUCUCUCUACCUGUGAGCUAUAAAGAGAAGCAGCGAAGCCGCCUGCACACGGGGCCCACGCUGCGGUAGGGGCCGGGCCCCCCCCCCACUGGGGCUCUCUGCAGCCCCCCCCCCCACAUCCUGGGGGUCUGGUGUCCCUGCGAGGGGGGGGGACACGUCAGCAUUAAAAGCCUUGCACUGUU